CUCGCCGCUGCUACACUUUCUGGCACACCACCGUCCCAGCGGCGUCAAAUGUGCGGUGUUUUCGGUGUGUGUCGUCUCUGUGGUGCGGAUCGGCGGACACACGGCUAAAGGGGGAGACCCCCGGUGCCUACGAGUGAAAGUGUUGCAGAAAUAAAAAUAUUCGUACCCAAAAUUUCAUCGGUCCAGUAAAGCGAACGAGGGUGGCGCACAGCUCAACCACCCCACAGCAGCACGGCCAAAAUCGAAGAGAAGUGGAAGAAAACACUCUUUAGCAACACAUCCACACACCUACACUCACAGUACACACAUGUACGCACGCACUAACCUACACUAGCUCUCGGGUACGGUGUGGGCGGUUUUUGAAGAAUUUCGGAUUUUUUUCCGCCGGGUUGGAAACAUCCGCGACGACACACCGGUACGAAUAGUGAUCGCGACCAGCAAUAAUACGGCAGCAGCUGAUCGCGAACGGAACGGCAACGGGCAUAUACCGGUCAAACCGUACCGGUACAACUACAUUUUGGGUCGCCAUUCGGAUAACAAAAAGCCGCCAACCUGGAACUAAUGGAAUUAGAGAAUAUCGUGGCCAAUACGGUCUACCUGAAGGCGCGUGAAGGAGGCUCCGACAGCAACAAAGGAAAGAGCAAAAAAUGGCGCAAGAUCCUCCAGUUUCCCCACAUAUCGCAAUGCAUCGAUCUCAAGAACAAAAUAGAUGUAAGCUAUGGUUAUGUAGUCGAUCAGCAACCCAUCGGACGUGAGCUGUUCCGUCAGUUCUGCAAGGUGAAACGACCACAGUACUCCCGGUAUAUUACCUUUCUGGAUGACGCCACAAGAUACGAAAUAGCGGCCGAUGAGCAUCGGGUCGAUCUGGCGUACGAGGUCGCGAAGCGCUAUCUCGGCCUUUGCACCGAAAGCCAGCGCGAGGACAGUGGCGGAGGUGGAGGCUGCGACAGUGACGGUGGGAAGUGCGACGAUGACAGUGGCAUCGGUGGCGACACGAAGAAGCUCAGCAACCACGACGAUCCGGAGAAAAGCUUGACCGGCUCGAACUCGGUCACCACCAAUACCAUCAACAACGAGAAGGACGAGUUCGUGCUGGACGUGUUGAACGAUGAUAUGGUGGCGCAGGUUCGAACGAAACUGUCGACCGGUAGCAAAGAGCUGUUCGAGGCUUCCAUUACGGCGGUACGGGCCUUCCUGGCCGGUGAACCAUUCCGGGAAUUUGAGGCAUCAAUGUAUUUCCACAGAUAUUUACAGUGGAAGUGGCUCGAGGCCCAGCCGGUUACUUACAAAACUUUCCGCAUGUACCGUGUCCUGGGAAAGGGUGGUUUCGGUGAAGUCUGCGCAUGUCAGGUACGGGCCACCGGCAAGAUGUACGCCUGCAAGAAGCUGGAGAAAAAGCGCAUCAAGAAGCGAAAGGGUGAAUCGAUGGUGCUGAUAGAAAAGCAGAUACUGCAGAAGAUAAACUCCCGCUUCGUGGUGAAUCUUGCGUACGCCUACGAAACCAAGGACGCGUUGUGUCUAGUGCUGACGAUUAUGAACGGUGGCGAUUUGAAGUUUCACAUCUACAACAUGGGCGGCGAACCAGGGUUUGAACUUUCCCGGGCACGGUUCUACGCGGCGGAGGUGGUCUGCGGGUUGGAGCACCUACACCAGCAAGGUAUCGUUUACCGCGAUUGCAAACCAGAAAACAUUCUGCUGGACGAUCACGGUCACGUGCGCAUCUCGGAUCUGGGGCUGGCUGUCGAAAUUCCGGAGGGCGAAAUGGUUAGGGGGAGAGUGGGCACUGUCGGUUACAUGGCGCCGGAAGUGAUUGACAACGAGAAGUACGCCUUCUCGCCGGAUUGGUUCAGCUUCGGUUGCCUGCUGUACGAGAUGAUUGAGGGACAGGCACCGUUCCGUGCACGCAAGGAGAAGGUGAAGCGCGAGGAAGUCGAUCGGCGGGUGAAGGAAGAUCCGGAGAAAUAUUCGCACAAGUUCAGUGACGAUGCCAAAACGCUGUGCCAGCAACUGCUGAUGAAAGCGGUUAAGAGUCGGCUCGGUUGUCGCAAUGGGCGGCACGGUGCGCGCGAAGUUAAGCUGAAUCCGUUCUUUAACAGUAUUAACUGGAAGCGGCUCGAAGCUGGUUUGAACGAUCCUCCAUUUGUGCCGGAUCCGCACGCGGUUUAUGCCAAAGAUGUACUGGACAUUGAGCAGUUUUCCACUGUGAAGGGAGUCAAUCUGGACGCAACAGAUGAGAAUUUCUACACCAAGUUUAACACCGGCUCAGUAUCGAUACCGUGGCAGGACGAAAUGAUCGAAACGGAGUGCUUCCGGGAACUGAAUGUGUUUGGGGUGAAUGAGUGCCCGACACCGGAUCUGCUCACCAACGCACCACCGGUAGUGGAGAAGCCUGGUUGCUUUCCGUUUAGAAGAAAAAAAAAACAAACGCCGCGCGAGAAACCGGUUCCGUUCAACGAGAAACUGUUAUCCUCUAGUCAAACAACGGUGAGCUGUAGCCAGGCGCCAAAUGAGAGUUGAUAGGUGUAAUGAAAUGGAAGGCCAACAAAAAAAAUCAACCACGCACGAACUGCGCCUGGAAGUUCGCGAUAUUGAGGCACGUUCGGCAAAGAAACGAUUGUACAUCCUGGAGAUGGUAAAAGCUGGUAAAUUAACCUUAGUAGCAAUUCAUAGCAGCAAAUGACGUACUAGACAAUGGAUUGGGGAAGUAGCUAUAUCGCUCGCCAAUUCCCGGCCAGUCGAUGGUAAACCUCAAGUUUGUAAACCAUUCCUCAACGAGAGGUCACCAUCGACCGAGAAGGAAGAAUCAUCUCCACGUUGCUAUCCGCAGCAAUAGUGCGUGGCAAAACGUCCGCACCAUAAUAUCUGCGUGGUGUGUGCCCAGGUGCCCAGGUGCGACAACGCACUUAAAAUGUAAUGAAUCUUCUACAUUAAGGAAUCCAUACUACCGUCACUCAACUCAGUCAGUCAAUGGUACACAAUUAGAACAAGCACAUACACAUUUUCUCAUACGCACAAAUAGUAGAUAAUGAACAGAGUAAGGAAAUGCAAAAACGAACCACUUGAUUUAGAGGCAUUUGACUAAUGCGUUGCUAAUGUUUUAGAAUUUCUUUGCACUGAAAGCCAUAAAAGAGAUAGACGACACACUGUACUUCGCUUCUCAGAUGUAUGUGUGGCCUUUUUUACCCAUGUAUAUAAUUAUGGAUUAUUUCACACAAAGUUUUUUUUUUUAUUUUAAAAUUAAAGGUGCGAGUUGUGUUUUUCUGUCUUCCUUUAAGAGUUUACGUUUUGUCAUUUCGAUAUGGCUGAGUCCAACACGGAUUUGC